CGCCGGCGGAGGGUCGGCCGGGAGGAGAAGAGGGCUAGGGUGCUAGACGAUGUACCACCCGGGUUCCUCGAGCCGCUUCCGCCGCGGAGGUGUGUAACCAAGCAGUUCUGGAAGGCCGGGGACUACGAUGGCGAGGGGCAUCUGCUCUGGAGCGAACAUGCGAAACACUCUGAGUCAGGAAUGGAACAUGUCCGUGUCCAUCCUAGAUUUCUACACUCAAACGCGACAAGCCACAAGUGGGCUUUAGGAGCUUUCGCCGAGCUGCUGGACAACUCUCUUGAUGAAGUCUCAAAUGGAGCUACCUUUGUGAACAUUGACAUGUUGGAAAAUAAGAAAGAUGGAUCUCGGAUGCUGCUUGUUCAAGAUGAUGGUGGUGGGAUGAGCCCAGAUAAAAUACGGCACUGCAUGUCCUUGGGUUAUUCGGCAAAGAGCAAAGUUAAAAACACCAUUGGACAAUAUGGAAAUGGUUUCAAGACAAGUACAAUGAGACUUGGUGCUGAUGUCUUGGUAUUCUCACGUAGUCACAAUAAUGAAGAAAAAAGGCUUACGCAAAGCAUUGGGAUGCUAUCUUAUACCUUCCUGAAGAGCACCGGUAAAGAUGACAUUAUUGUUCCAAUGAUUGAUUAUGAAAAAGGACAAGCUUGGAAAAGGAAGGUGCGGACAACAUUGGGUGACUGGUCUACAAGCUUACAGACAAUAAUACAAUGGUCUCCCUAUUCUAAUGAAGGAGAACUUCUUCAGGAGUUUAACUCAAUUAGUGAACAAGGAACUCGAAUCAUUAUAUACAAUCUGUGGGAGGACGAGCAGGGAGACUUGGAGCUCGAUUUUGAUGCUGAUGUAAAUGAUAUUCAAAUCAGAGGGGUUAAUAGGGACGAGAAAAACAUCUUGAUGGCAAAGCAGUUUCCAAACUCGAAGCACUUUUUUACUUAUAGACAUUCUCUAAGGAGUUAUGCAUCCAUUUUAUAUCUCCGAGUCCCAUACGUCUUCCGGAUGAUUUUACGAGGAAAAGAGAUUGAACGCCAUAACAUUAUCAAUGAUAUGAUGCUGAAGAACCAGGUUACUUACAAGCCAGCCAUCAGUAAUGGAUAUCCAAAUGAUACAGAAAUGGUCGCUAAUGUUAUAAUCGGUUUUGUUAAAGACGCAAAACAUCAUGUUCCCAUUCAGGGUUUUAAUGUUUACCACAGGAACCGCCUAAUAAAGCCUUUCUGGAGAGUAUGGACUCUUCCUGGAUCUCAAGGACGCGGUAUUAUUGGUGUACUUGAAGUCAACUUCGUAGAGCCAGCUCAUGAUAAGCAGGACUUUGAACGCACAAAUAGUCUCUCAAGACUUGAAGCGCGAUUAGUUUUAAUGCAGAAGAAAUACUGGUCUGAGAAUUGCCAUCGUAUAGGUUAUGGUGGCAACCAUGCUAACAGAAGUUCUGGGAAAAGAGACAGAGAGUGUUCACCUGGAGAUAGCCCCUGCACAGCUCCAUUGUCAUAUCAAUCUUUGAAAAAGUGUGGAAUGUCAAAUUGUUCGCAAAGAUCCCAAGCUGAGGAUAUAUUAUAUUCUGGAUCAAGUAAUAAGAUUAUUUCCAAUGCCCUGGGAAACAGGAAAACAGGAGCUUCACCCUUGGCAAUGAGCAGAAAAUUCUCUUCAAGAAAAAAGGCCCAGCAGGCAGCCGAGAAGUCCCCAAAGACUGUAAAAUCUUCAGGAUUAGUACAACAUGGUCUGUCAUAUUUAAGUGAUGAUAGUGAUACUGAGAUUGCAGGCACUGCAUCAAGAUCGCUUUCUCAGAUCCUGAAUGAACCAGAAAGAACCUAUAACGGUUCUAUUGUGCAUUUACCUCCAUCCAGUGGAGCAAUAAGAACUGAAAGGAUCGCAACCAGAUCGCUGUCAAAGGAAGGAACUGUGAAAAAUAAUGGACAUGGAGGAACUAUUGAUGAUCCCGAGAGUGUUAUCAAGCGGCUGAAGGAUGAAAAUUCAUCAUUGAAAGAACGUUUCUCCAAGGUGGAGGAGUUGUUAUCAAAGGAAUUGCAGACGGAGCGAGAGAAGAACAAGUCUCUGCUUGAGAAAAUGGAGAAUCUAGAGGCAAAGCUUGAAACUGCAAAAAAGGAGCAAGAAGCGUUGGUGGACGCCUAUGCAGAGGAAAUGAAGUAUCGAGACCAAGAGGAGCAGAAUUUGCGGAAUAAGCUAAUGGAGGCGUCUUCCACCAUCCAAGACCUAACAGAGCAGCUGACUGCAGCUAGGAGCUAUCGCAAGAGUUAAAAGGAGCAGACGGAAUAACCUUCGCCUUUGCGUUGUUUGCUACCAGUCUAAUAAUCAAUCUCUGGUGCAUCUUAGUUAGUUAUGUCCAGGUCAUUAGAGCUGGAGCAGCUGUAGUAUAGUAGAACCAUGAUCUAUGCCCCAGUCUGUAUGAUCGAUGUAUAUGUGUAUAGUAUGUACGUAGAUGCUGAUAAGUCUUCUCAUCCGACUGUCUAGAUGUAGGAGCAGUGUAGAUGGCUAGAUGCUAUCGUUAUCCGUAUCUCUCAGUUCAUGAUCAGAGGGCCGCCUUCAUGUAUGUGUCUUAGGGCAGGAGGCACCGUUACCUUUUUCACGCUACAUUGUCAUUGUUUUUUGACAUAUUGUCAAUUUUCUCUUUAAUGAA